ACCAUCAUGGAGGAAAUACUAAACGAUUCCGUUGUGUCUGAAGAGCUGGCGAAAUUUGAGAAAAAGUACAACCAAGAGUUACGGGACGGUGCCGUCUCAACCACAACACAGUUCGAAUAUGCGUACUGCAUGGUGCGGAGUGACUUUUCCAGCGAUAUGAAAACGGGACUGGUGCUGUUAGAAGAUCUGUUCGUCAAACACCCUGAAGGACGUCGCGAUUACCUUUACUAUAUGGCAAUCGGACAUACGCGGCUAAAGGAGUACUCAGAGGCGCUCAAGCACGCACAGGCCUUUCUGGAAAUUGAACCAAACAAUCAGCAGGUGAUAGCGCUGGAAGAAUUAAUUAAGAAGCGCAUGGACAUCGAAGGAAUUAAGGGUGUUGCUAAAGCGACCGGUGCGGUGCUCGUGUUCGGUGGCAUUGUAGGGCUCGGUUUGGCACUGCUGAAGAAAUGAAAAUCACCUCGCUAAGCCCCGCAGCGUAUGGUACACCGUUCGCUGUAGGGCUUA